ACACGCAAAGCAAAGGUGUUUUUAAAUAAUAUGUGCAAAAUUGGAAUAUUCCUACUCGUGGGUCUAAUCUUUUUCCCAAAGUUACAUUGCUACAUUGAGAAAAUCGAUUGCACUAUUAAUGGAACUCAGGAAAACUGCCCCACAGCCUGUCCAGAAACUUGUCAAUCGAAAGGCAAAGAAAACUGCCUUUUGAUAUGCGGGGGUCCUUGUGUUUGCAAGCCAGGAUAUAUCAUCAAUCGGAAGAUUCCUGCCUGCGUUCUGCGCUCUGAUUGUCCAAAAAAUGUUAAACAAGGCGCAAAAGGUCGCAGAAUUUAUAAUUUUAAUUGCUUUAGUGGGCCAAAUACAUGUAGUCAAUUACAAUGGUAAAAACAACGUAGUAAAUCCAAAUAUUUUGACUACUUUCGGAGCAGUUUUAAUAUCUGAACAUUUUAUAUAAGUUCAAAACGUAUUUAAUUUAAAUAAAAUUAGAACUUUUUAUAUUGAA